AUGCCUGGACUAUCGCCCGUCCAGAAACCAACAAUUGAUACAGACAUAGAACAUGCCGUUCAAAGAGAUCCUCCUACGAUAGAGACAGCAGAUAUUCUCUCUGAGAAGAAUUAUACACUGCCAUCCGUCACAGGGCCCUCAGAGCCCAAGCCUCGGGGCUUUCUGGGCUUCUUGGUCUUGAUUCCUCCCACUGCUGAUGCGAAAGAAUACUCUCACCGGACAAGAUGGUUUCUGACCACAAUUAUAUCUCUGGGUGGGCUUGCAUCGCCAAUGGGGAGCACUAUUCUAAUGCCUGUCCUUCUAUCCAUUGCAAGACACUUCCACACAUCACAAACCAAGGUCAAUCUGUCCGUCGCGUUCUAUUCUCUCUCCGUGGCAUUCUGCCCGCUUUGGUGGUCUUACCUGUCGGAAUCCUCAGGCCGUCGUGCGACCUACCUAACUUCAUUCUUCCUGCUGGCCAUCUUCAACAUCCUCGCAGCCGUCAGCGUGUCCAUUGAUAUGUUCAUAGUCAUGCGAGUUCUGGCCGGCGGCGCCUGUGCCUCUGUGCAAUCAGUCGGCGCCGGAUCAGUAGCCGAUAUCUGGCCCCCCAAGGAAAGAGGACAAGCCAUGGGAAUCUUCUUUCUGGGACCGACGCUGGGGCCUCUCGUCUCACCCAUUAUCGGGGGCGCCCUGGCAAUCAGAUGGGGAUGGCGCAGUACGCAGUGGUUCAUGGUUAUCUAUGGCACGCUUAUGUUCUUUCUCAUGCUGUUUUUCCUUCCUGAAACAUCGAGCUUGAAGCCAAAGACAGCGACGACCACGCGGGAUAUGGCGGAUGAAUCUGAGAAGAAGAGCCUGUCUUCUCAAAUCCAGGCUAGAAUAUGUAAAAUAGUGGCAUUAUCAUUGGCUCCUCUGCGCUCUGUCGUGUUGCUCAAACACAGACCUAUUCUGGCGACCUGCUGCUACACCGGUAUUGCCUUUGGUAGCUAUUACCUGGUCAAUAUUUCUGUGCAGUCGGUUUUCUCAAACGAACCCUACUCGUUUUCCACCAUGAUCGUCGGUCUCAUAUAUAUACCCAGCGCUCUGGGUUCCAUUCUGGGCUCUGUCCUGGGUGGUUGCUGGACUGACUACGUGAUGCGCCGGGAAGCCAUCAGACAGGGCAGAUACGACGAACAAGGCAACCUCAUCGUGCGACCGGUUGAUCGGAUGAACGAGAAUGUAUGGCUUGCUGCCGUGCUCUUCCCUGCUGCCAUGCUCUGGUUUGGCUGGACUGCCGACAAGCAUGUUUUCUGGCUUGUCCCGUGCCUCUCCACUUUUUUCUACGGUUUCGGAAUGAUGAUGGUUUCCAACGUCGCGACAACGAUGCUGACUGAGUUUGUCCCGAAAAGCUCCAGCACCGGCGUUGCAGUGAACAAUCUUUUCCGAAACUCGCUGGCAUGUGUGGCUGCUAUCAUUACGCAGCCGCUUAUCAAUGCCAUUGGAACCGGAUGGCUGUUCACCAUCGCCUGCAUCCUCUGCUUCUUGAGCGGUAUUGUGCUUGUCUUGAUGAAGCGGAAUGCAGAUAAAUGGAGCCAGGUGGCGAAGCAGGCGGCGAAGCAGGCACCUCGGUGA